AGCAUAAAGAAAAAACUAAUCACUAACUAUAAUUUUAAAACACUACAAACUACAAAAACAAAGUCUAUAGGUGGCACCCUCCAUGCGGGGUCUUCACCCAUGCCCAGGCAAUCUGGGACUUGGGACUCCCCAAAGGGUAAUUCUGGGGGCUGGCACCCCUAUACCAGCCCUUCAGCAAUGGGCUGGAAAAGCAGGGGCCCACGUUGGAGUGUCCAAUGAUCUGCUCCAUGGGUCCAUUACGCUGCAGGGAGCUGCUAGAGAGCGUAGAUCCUUCUGCGUUGCAAAGGACCCCUUGUUGCUCCCUGUGAAACUGUAGCACUGAUCCUCACUUCUGCAUGGUGGAUUUGAGGGGUGAACGGCAGUUUUCAUCAGCAUAUUGCACCCCCAAGUUUUCAGUCCUAGUCCCAGCUCUGCUGGGGCAAGAAACUGCAAGAGACCUCAGAGAAAAGCCAGCCAAACAGCAAAAAGGGCCUGACCAGGAACCAACACUAACCACGCUGCAUUGGUCAGGAAGCAGAGCCACAAAAGCAACAUGUGCCAGGCCCAAAACGUGCUAGACCUUGACCUGCAGCAAACAAACGUACAGCGGGGCUCCUGCACCCAGGCCUGAACAUACAACAAAAAGGUGCCAGGCCUACUUGGCUGAGGCAAUCUCCCGGUCAGUCUCCGUUAGAGAAUGAUACUCUCAUGGCAUCAUCCCACUCAAGGCCUGUGCGGCCAGUAGCUUCCAGGACCCUGUUCCUGGGCAGCCUGCACUAGGGGAGGACACACUCCUGGCAUCUUCCCACUCAAGGCCUGUGUGGCCAAAACAUUCAGCAAGACACAUAGCUGGGGUUCAGUGACACAGCUAUGCUGAACCCAAAAGAAGUUGCAACAGCAACUAAAACAUGCCAGGCUCUCAGCCCUGGCCCAGAGCAUGCCAGCAAAACUGCAAGGCUUCAACCUUGGCCAGUUUGCUGCAGGGAUUGAUGCCCCCCACAUGGCAUCAUCCUACUCAAGGACCCAGAAAACAAAAGGGAAAAGGAACAGGUGAGAACAGAGGUCUCAAGCCCUGACACAGACUUGCUCUCCCUGUACUGGAGGCUUUCCCUUCACAUAGCUUCAGUCUGCCUCAUCAGUCAAGAGUGGGGGAUGACACCCCAUAGGAAGCAGGCCCCUCUGGCUCCCAAAUCAGCAUUCAGGCUUCAGCAGCCCCAAGAGGAAGAAGAAGAGUGAGUCAAACCAGGUGGCCUCAACCUUAAAUGACUUUUCUAACCUCAUCCAGGACCCCAGCCAAACAGCAGCCUCAUUGCAGCACUGCAAAUGCAGAUGAAUCAAAUCAAAAGAGGGGCAGCACUCCAGGAUUGGGCCCAAGUCACCUGACUGGUUUUACAGGUUCUGCUGAGGAAUCUUAAGACAAGGGAUCUGGACACAAUAAGGUUGUUGGAAGUUGGGUCCCUCCAGUCCUAGAAGUAACAAAAUAUACAGCACAAAUGAGAUACACAGCAAAAUAAAGCCAGAACACAUUUGACCACACACUGCCCCAAGGGUGUUACAGGAAGGUAGAUAGAAAACUGGCUGGAAUGUCAGAUUCAAAGAGUAUUAAUCAAUGGAUCAAGGUCUAGUUGGCAGCCGGUAUGAAGUGGAGUGCCCCAGGGAUCUGUUCUGUGGCCAGGUUUGUUCAAUAUCUCCAUCAACGACCUGGAAGAUGGGAUGGAGUGCACCCUCAGCAAGUUUGCAGAUAACAUCAAGCUGGAGGGAGUAGUAGAUACGCUGGAAGGUAGGGCUGGGAUUCAGAGUGACCUAGACCAAUUGGAGGAUUGGGUCAAAAGGAAUCUCGUGAGGUUCAACAGGGACAAGUACAAAGUCCUGUAAAAUCCCACCGCUUCAAUUUAGGGAGAAUUAAACUGAAGUAAACCCCCGUGGCGUGUACAAGCAGCCCAGAUGGCUGCCUGACCAGCAGAUCACCCACAGAUAAUACAGGAUACAGUAAUUCAGGCAGGGAACUCCGGUCCACUGCUGCCCUUAGCAGCCAUGCUGUCAGCACCUUUUGGGGCCAAGGGGAAGAGUUUAAAGGCAUGUAUGGCAGAUGGGUUGUUAACUCCCCAGAAAAGCCAACAGCUAUUAUAAUCUUAAUUGUCAGUUGUGUCCCUAGAAAUCUCCCUUCUGUUUUUCAGCUUUCCACUACCUAAAUGCACCAGGCCUGCCAAUUCUUUCCCAUGUGCUUGCGCCCUCUGAGCUCCAGGCAGGGGCAGAUUCAGGAGGUAUGCAGUGCACUGGUAUACUUACAUCCCACUUUGAUUCCCAGUCCACCCAAAAUUUAAAACCUACUGCCUGCCAGUGGCAGCAGCAUUUCUAGUCAGGCAGUGCUAAGGGAGUCAAUUGACUUCAUGGCUCAUUAUAAUCUACCUGAUCCCUUCUAAACACUUUAUUGCAUGGGUAUUAAUAACCCUCUCUUCUUUCUAAUGGUUUUGAUGUUCCACCAAAUAACUAUCCUUUGUUUUGCAAUUCUCCUGUCUCCCAGAAAUGAAACUCCUGCAGGUUCAUAGCCCUGCAGGUUGUUUUUAACUCAUUCUAAUGAAGUUGUAUUCAUUUUUUGCUUCAAUCUUAAACUGAAUCAUACAGUCUUGGGCUCCUAGCAUAAAGCUUCUAGUUCAUUAUGGAGACAAAUAUGUGUUGUUUAUGUGUGAUGAUGAUGCACCUCGCCGUCUGCACCCCCGUUUUCAAAAUCCUGGAUUCACCCAUGGCUCCAAGGGUAUGUUGCUAUGGGCACUCAAAGCUCUUAGAGAGGCCUGUAGGAUGUUCUGCCUGUAUCUCUGUGUCUGCCCUCUCUCCUGGUCCCAGAAAAUUCCCUGGAGAUGUCAUUUUAAAGGCCAUCCUUGCCUUGUCUGGUUUUGAGGCCCCACGGUAUGGCUCAGUGAGUUGAUCCCUGCUUUGUGCUGAGCUGGACACCCGUUGCUAUAAUCUCAUCUGUUUUUGUCCCUUAAUCUGUAUUUGUUCCCUGGGAAGUGCUGAGGGAUACAUUAGGGCAGAGGUGCUAGGUAAAUACCAUGUAGUCUUCUCCCACAUGUGCACACACCGCUCCAGCCCCUGAGCCAAGGUAAACAGAGAAGACUGAGCUCUCUAGCUGUCAGCAAGUCCUCUCUUUGGUCUUCCCACUUGUGUGGGCUAAAGGGGGUGGGAACAGGUGAAGGCUGUUUCUCUUUUAACUUUAGGCAGAUUGUCAUGGAAAUAAAAUCCAGCAUACUCAGUGCCACCCAUCCACCCAGCUCCAGCAACACCGGCUAGCAUGCUGCUCGAUUCCUGUGUAAAGAGCGUGGACGCCUGGCUGAGGGCUCAAGCAGGGGUGGGAUUACAGGAGCAAGCCCUAUAAAUAGGAGUCACCGUGAGACAGCAAGUCGCACGUCUAGCAGGAGGGAGCCCAGCAGAGGCAGAGCCGAGGAGGGAGAAGGUGGAGCGAGCUCUGUGUUCACGAGAGGGCGUGGUGGUUGUGUAUUAUGCGGAUGGGGACUGUGGUGUACACAUUAUGGUAACACAGCAUCUGUGGACUCAGAUAUUAUACUGAUAAGAGGCCGCGCAGGUAUCCAGGCGAGCUGAUAGGGGCCUACAGGCAGGUGGCUGUUUCUGCAACAGACGCUGGGCAUGAUGGCUGGCGCCCAGGUGGGGUUGCCCAGUCCAUUCCUGGAGCCACAGGUUGUGCCAGGCCCAGACUCAGACUCUGACUCAGACUCGGAGGAUCCAGGCUCUGGCAGCGGCAGGUCAGGCUCUGGUUCUCUGAAUCCAUCUCAGGUCAUCCACAGCGGCCACUUCAUGGUGUCCUCUCCGCACAGUGACUCAAUGCCCCGACGGCGCCACCACCGGGCCGAGUCAGAGGCUGCUGAUCCCCGGAGCAUCGACCUCACCCUUACCCGGCUCUUUGAGUGCAUGAGCCUGGCAUACAGUGGCAAGCUGGUAUCUCCAAAGUGGAAGAAUUUCAAGGGUCUGAGGUUGCUUUGCCGAGAUAAAAUCCGCCUCAAUAAUGCCAUCUGGAGAGCCUGGUAUAUUCAGUAUGUGGAGCGGAGAAAGAACCCUGUGUGCGGGUUUGUGACUCCCCUGGAGGGCUCUGAGGCUGAUGAGCACCGAAAACCAGAGGCUGUUGUGCUGGAAGGGAAUUACUGGAAGCGCCGGAUUGAGGUGGUGAUGAAGGAGUAUCACAAGUGGAGGAUUUACUACAAGAAACGGCUCCGAAAGUCCAGCCGGGAGGGUGAGCUCUUCAGUCCUAAGCAGGAUGAGGGUGCCUGGAAGCCAACAGAGAAAUGGUGCAACCAGCUAUUCUCCAAUGUGGUACCCAUGCUGCUAGGGGAUGAAGAGGAGGAGGCUGAAGGGCGGCAGCACUUUGACCUGGACAGCUUUCUCUCGGACAUCUCGGACACGCUCUUCACCAUGACACAGACCCCCAGCUCCCACCAGAUGCUCCCAGAGGACGCCUACACUGGCAAUGCUGACAUGAUCCAGCCUGGCUUGACCCCACUGCAGCCCAACCUGGAUGAUUUCAUGGAAAUCUCAGAUCUCUUCUCUAGCCACCGCCCACUGCUUUCGCAGAUGCAGCUGGGCUACCAGGAGCAGCCUUGCUUUACAACAAUUGGUGAAACUCUGUACAGCAGCAGCAGUGCUCUGGCUACCACCAAUGCCAACAUGAUGAUGCCCCCCAGGGUUCUGCCUGCCAGCCAUGUGGAUGCCCCCAUCUCACCCAAUGGCCUUCUCCAGUCCAGCAGCAACUGCACCUCCCAGCUCGGCCUGCACAGCUCCUUCCUCAGCUCCAGCUUCCAUCCAGCACCUCUGCCCCUGGAUUCCUCCAGCGGGAGUCACAGCAGCCUGGGCACUGACCUCAAGCCUAAACCCCUGUUCCAGUAUGGGUUCCCCAGCAAGUGCCUCAGCAUGGAGCCCUUCAGCCCUCCCUACUCCACCCCAGCAUCCCCACCCCAUGCACCCCUGCUGGGCCACGACCCCCUGUACCCACCUGCGUCAACACCAAGGUCCAAGUUCCAUUACUCUGGCUCCACUGGUGGCUCCUCACUCAUCCCCCACCCAUCCUCAUCUCUCUCCAUGCCAUGCUUCACUCAGCAUGGACCAGGCCUAGGCUACACCAUGGAUCUCCUGCCCACAGGAUACUCCACUCUGUCUAGUGCCCCGCAUCUUCCCCCUGUGAUGCUGAGUGGCCCCAGGUUUGCCCCCCACAAGGGGCAGGCCCAGAGUGGGGGCAGCCAGCCAAAGGGGAAGCCAGAGAAAACCAAGACAAAGAAAGCCACAGCGCUCCCGGUGCCACCGCUCCUGACAGCACCCAACCCCUGCCUGGCCCAGCUCCUCACUGCAGCUAAACAAGAGCCAGCUCUGGACCCGUCAUGCACUUCCAGCUCUGGGCUCAUCCCCACAUCACCGCAAGCUGCCAUUUCUGAAGGCCCCACUAGCUUCCUGUCCAGAAUGGUCCAGCUGAGUCCAGGUCUUUCUCCAGGCUCCAGUCCCUCCCAGUCUGUCCCUGUCACACUGGCUGGUGCCCAGGCAGGCUCCCCGCUCAUCCCCAAGCCAGAGCGACUGUCCCCCACAAUGGCAUGUGGCAGUGACUGGCCAAAGCCUGGGCGAGCCUCCCCAGUGCUGACUGCAGGACUGAGCCCUGGGAUCUUACCACAUCACAGUAUGCCCAGCCGGAGUAGGCCAGAGUCUAGCAAGACUGAGAGCCGUCGUAUCACACACAUCUCUGCUGAGCAGAAGAGACGCUUCAACAUCAAGCUGGGCUUUGACACACUGCACAGCCUGGUGAGCACCCUAAGUGCCCAGCCCAGCAUCAAGGUCAGCAAGGCCACUACACUGCAGAAGACGGCGGAGUAUAUCUGCAAACUGCAGCAAGAGAGGGCUGCCCUGCAGGACGAGGCACAGCGGCUACGAGAGCAGAUCGAGGAGCUCAAUGCUGCAAUCAACCUGUGCCAGCAGCAGCUGCCUGCCACAGGGGUGCCCAUCACCCGCCAGCGCUUUGACCAGAUGCGCAGCAUGUUUGAUGAGUAUGUCCGCUCCUCCACCCUGCAGAACUGGAAGUUCUGGAUUUUCAGCAUCAUCAUUCGGCCUCUCUUUGAGUCCUUCAAUGGCAUGGUCUCCACAGCUAGUAUGGACAGCCUUACCCAUACAUCUCUCGCUUGGUUGGACCAGUACUGUUCCCUCCCCACGCUUCGACCUACUGUCCUGAGCUCUCUACGUGAGCUAAGCAUUUCCACCUCCAUCCUGACAGACCCUGCAUGUAUACCAGAGCAGGCUACCCAGGCAGUGACCGGGGCCAACCCCAGCAACAGCUCAUCCUAGUUACACAGCAGGGGACUUCACAGCCUAGAACAGCGUUGGCAAGAUGAUUCACUCUUGCAGAACAACCCCUGGCCUUCAGCAGGGAGGGUGGAAGUCCUGCCAACUAAGAGGAGCAUGGAAACCCCUCAAGGGGAGAGCACCUUCUACAGCUUCCCACUUGGCUAUGAGUCAGCAGCUGAUGACUAUGGUAGGAAGCCAUUUGGGCAGCCCUGGAUCUCUCUAGGAAGGAUUUGAGCCUUCACUUUCCUUGCAGCCUCAUCUUCUGAAGCAAUACAUGAAAUCUGGCACCACAGGCACUGCGAAAUGGAGACUAGGAGAGCUGCAGGAGAACCAGCACAAGUCAGUGAAACUUCAACCCCUAUCUGCCAAGAAACAGGAGUCACCAAUGACAAGUCUGGUAUUGGAAACUCUGUGUUCCUAUGGAAAGAAUUGUACCUCAAAAGAUGGUCAGUUCUCAGCAUCCAAGCCUUCUACAGCAGAUGCAGCUAUCUUCAGUUUGUGUUCAGCCCUAGGCUCUGCAUAACCAGCUCUCUCCAGACUCUGAGUAUUUUUGAUUGUCAUCUGUGGCCAUGGAGAAAGGGCUCCUACAGCAAAAAUGUUCAUGUCCGCAAUAGUCUGGAAUGCUUACUUAGGCUACUGCAUAUCAAAUCCUAAGCAGUAGUUGUUCUGUUCACAUCUCAGGUGCAAUCCCCAUGCUUUUUGAGUCUCAUUCAAACUCAGAAGCUGGCUUCUGGAGUGAAGAAUACUGUACUGACUCAAAACAGUCUCCCUUUCAUAUUGUUUCUGUGUUCAGUUGAAUGAUCAGGCUGCUCAGUAAUGUCUCCUGUUGUAUUUUGUUGCUCUAUUCCCUACAUUAUGUGAAAUAUGUUUUCUUGCCCCUCAUCUUUGGACCAGCUGCUGGACUUCCCCUUCAUGACAGUAUCUCAAACAAACAUUCUCUGUUAGUUUGGGAAGUUCUUGAAUGCAGAAGUUUUCCUAUGAGCCAAUAUAGGAUGCUACAUGCUAAGCCUGUUUCUGUAUGCAAGGAGAGUUUCUGUGUGAUAAACAGACUGUUUUUUUUCACCUUAUACAA